UGCGAAUGGAUAUCCCGCAUGAGUGAGCCUUAGAAAUGUCGUGUCGUUGAUCAAGUACCCUCCGCAGCGGUGCAACAACCGCGCCGCCGUCGAGUUCGGGGUGGACCUCAUGCGUUGCGGCUCCGCUCUCCUUUCCUUCGUCCGCCUCACUACCACUGGCGAGUUUAUUCCGAAUGGUAGUCUCUCCUACGGUGAAGUGCCCGGGUGUCUGAUGUCAAAGUCGGAUCGUGGGUUGACAUGUGCAUCUUGGCGGUUAUACCCAUCCAGACUCCCGAUGAUACCGGUCGGGUUCCCAUUAUGCCGCGGCAGUAACCCAAGCCCACUAUAUUGUGUGGGAUUUAGGGAUAGAAACAACAUCAGGUCGAUCAGAACUCGGAAUAGCAUGAGAUACAGUCGGCGUGACCAUACAGUCCCUACACGCCAGAGGGUGUGACAAGUGGACAAAGUCUUGAAGCUAGCGAGAGCGAUACGAAUCGGAAUGAUGUGAGAGGCAGUGCCAAAGCCGAGCGCCAACACAAUUCGACGGCUGGCGGUCGGGUCUGACAACGCGGGUGUUGCUCGGCCAGAA